AUGACAGAUUUCCGGCUACCACCGACGACUAUGAACCUUUGGUCCACGACGGACGACAAUAGUUCAAUGAUGGAAGCUUUUAUGUCUUCCGAUCUGACGCCGUUUUGGCCAUCAACACCAUCACUUCCACCAGCACCUCCACAAUCUUCCUCCGCUUCAACAACAACAAAUACAAUCGACCUUUCAAAGAGUUUGAGUCAAUCACAACCCUCCGUUCCUUUCUUCAACCAAGAAACCCUUCAACAGCGCCUUCAAACUUUAAUCGACGGUGCCCGAGAGAGCUGGACCUACGCGAUAUUUUGGCAAGCUUCGUCCGUUGAUUACGCGGGUCAAUCGACGUUGUUAGGGUGGGGUGACGGGUACUACAAAGGCGAAGAAGACAAGGGCAAGCGCAAAACGGCGUCGUCUGCUGAACAAGAGCACCGGAAAAAGGUCCUCCGUGAGCUCAAUUCUCUUAUUUCCGGCCAACAAGCACCGACUGAUGAAGCCGUCGAUGAAGAAGUUACCGACACCGAGUGGUUUUUCUUGGUUUCAAUGACUCAGUCUUUCGAUAGCGGAAAUGGGCUUCCCGGCCAAGCCUUUUUCAAUUCGUCGCCGGUCUGGAUCGCCGGAGCAGACAGACUUGCCGUCUCGCACUGUGAGCGAGCCCGGCAAGCCCAAGUGUUUGGAUUACAGACUUUGGUUUGUAUACCGUCCUCAAAUGGCGUGGUGGAGCUGGGUUCAACAGAAUUGAUUUUUCAGAGCUCGGAUCUCAUGAAUAAGGUUAGGGUUUUGUUCAAUUUUAACAGUAUAGAAAUGGGUUCUGGAUCGGGAUCGUGGUCUAUGCCGACGGAGCAUGGCGAGAAUGAUCCGUCGGUGAUUUGGCUGACCGAUCCUUCGUCGUCGGCCAAGGAGUCUGUUAAUACUGCUCCGGGAAAUUCAAUUCCUUCGAUUAAUCACCUUGUGUCAAAGCAAACUGUAUGUGACAAUCCUAGUUCUAGCACUUUGACUGAGACUCCUAGUUCAAUACAUGUUCACGGACACCACCCACACCAGCAGCGAAGCCAAGAACAUGGUUUUUUCACUAGGGAAUUGAACUUUUCGGAUUGUGGGUUUGAUAGUAGCAGCGUAAGAAAUGGGAAUUCACAGUCUUAUAAGCCUGAAAUAUUGAAUUUUGGGGACAGCAAGAGAAGUUCAUGUGGUACAAAUGGGAAUUUGUUUUCGGGUCAAUCGCAAAUUGGGGCUGCAGAGGAGAACAAAAAGAAGAGGUCACCCGUGUCUAGGGGGAGUAAUGAAGAGGGGAUGCUUUCCUUUACUUCGGGUGUUGUUUUGCCCUCCUCGGGUAUGGUGAAGUCGAAUGGUGGUGGAGACUCGGAUCAUUCAGAUCUUGAGGCCUCAGUGGUGAAAGAUGCUGAUAGUAGCAGAGUUGUGGAUCCAGAAAAACGGCCAAGGAAGCGGGGUAGGAAGCCGGCUAAUGGAAGAGAGGAGCCAUUGAAUCAUGUCGAGGCAGAGAGGCAAAGGCGAGAGAAGCUUAACCAGAGGUUCUAUGCUCUACGAGCUGUGGUUCCAAAUGUGUCGAAAAUGGACAAGGCUUCACUUCUUGGUGAUGCUAUUGCUUAUAUCAACGAGCUGAAAUCAAAACUUCAAAGCUCAGAGUCAGAUAAAGAGGACUUGAGGGAUCAAUUGGAGUCAUUGAAGAGGGAACUGUCUGGUAAAGGAUCGCGGUAUUCAGCUCCACCUCCACCUGAAAAGGAUCUGAAGAUGUCAAACCACCACGGAAGCAAGAUGGCAGACUUGGAUAUAGAUGUGAAGAUCAUUGGAUGGGACGCAAUGAUACGAAUCCAAUGUAGUAAGAAAAACCACCCGACUGCAAGGCUAAUGGCAGCCCUUAAGGAGCUAGACCUAGAUGUACACCAUGCUAGUGUCUCGGUGGUGAAUGAUUUGAUGAUCCAGCAGGCUACGGUGAAGAUGGGGAGCCAAUAUUAUACGCAAGAACUGCUUACGAUAGCCUUAACUUCCAGAGUUUGCGAAACACGAUAA